AUGGGCAGCCGGCCCCGCAGCCCCAGCGCCUACCCUGCGGACGGGCGGGGAGCGCAGGCCGGAGGACCCGGCCCUGCCAAGCGCCGCCGAACGGAGGAGCCUGCCGGCCCCGGGUCUGAGGCGGCGUCCAGCCUGGACAACCUGACCCGGUCCCCGGCGGCGGGCGCGUUCACCUCAGUGGUGGUCGUGGCCGCCGGCUGUGCCCUGCACGUGGCCCUGGACGACGUCGACCUGGUGCUAGAGCCUGAGCCAACGUCGGUGCUGCAAGUGUCUCUCGGAGAUCGCACCCUCAUGCUGGUCCCCGAGGCCCUUCUGGGUUCAGGCGUCCAACGCCUGUGGGGACAGGGCCUGGAGCAGGGUGCUUUCCUUAGCGCUCCCGAGGAGUCCGUCGUCCUGGAGCAGGGAUUCUUCCGCGUAGUUGUGCCAGAGAUCGCCGCCCAAGAAGAGGCCAAUCGGGAGGAUGUGGGCACCGAAUUCCUGUCGGCUGGGAUGGAUGCUGCAGCCGACUCAGUGGUUGGGCUCCGCCCCUCGGCUGGAAAAAUGUCGGGCCCCAACUCGGAGGUCUUGGUUCCAGAGCCCUCGCCUCAGGCCCCCAACCCUAGUCCAGAGAGAAGCUCUCCUUACUACGACUACACCCUGGACUUCUACCUUCAGGAGCCCCUCCCGGACUCACCACUCCAACCUCUGCCUCCCUCUCCGAGUCCAGGUCCCCACGAGCGCCCUCAACGCCCUCACGGUCCUGCGCGCAAGGCCCGGAAAUGCCUGUUCCCGGAAUGA